ACAUUUUUUUUUCUGACGCUUACUUGAUUCCGUCAAUUAUUUCAUUCGGCCAUUUUCUAUUUGACCGUCUCCUUGCGCUCACGUAUCAACAAUGGCGGACGCUGCUCCAGCCGGUGGUCGUGGCGGAUUCCGCGGUGGUUUUGGUUCACGGGGUGGCGACAGGGGUCGCGGGGGUCCCCGCGGUCGUGGACGCGGGCGCGGCCGUGGUCGCGGACGCGGAAAGGAAGACCAGAAAGAGUGGGUGCCCGUCACCAAACUCGGUCGUCUAGUCCGCGAGGGCAAAAUCGACAAGCUGGAGAGCAUUUACCUGUUCUCUCUGCCCAUUAAAGAGUUUGAAAUCAUCGACUUCUUCCUCGGGUCUUCGUUGAACGAUGAAGUCCUCAAGAUCAUGCCUGUGCAGAAACAGACCCGCGCCGGCCAGCGUACCCGCUUCAAGGCGUUCGUGGCCAUCGGUGAUAACAACGGGCACAUCGGGCUGGGCGUAAAGUGCAGCAAGGAAGUCGCGACCGCCAUCCGCGGCGCCAUCAUUCUGGCUAAGCUGUCUGUGCUCCCCGUCCGCAGAGGAUACUGGGGUAACAAGAUCGGAAAGCCCCACACCGUGCCUUGCAAGGUUACCGGUAAGUGUGGUUCAGUCACCGUGAGGCUGAUCCCUGCUCCCCGUGGUACUGGCAUUGUGUCGGCCCCAGUCCCGAAGAAGCUUCUCCAGAUGGCUGGUGUCCAGGACUGCUACACGUCGGCCCGCGGCUCAACUGGCACUCUUGGCAACUUUGCCAAGGCCACCUAUGCGGCCAUUGCCAAGACCUACGCGUACCUCACCCCAGACUUGUGGAGGGACAUUCCUCUGACAAAGUCCCCCUACUCUGAAUUCAAAGCCUAAACUAUUCAAGGAUGGAAUAGAUUAAAACAUUCAGAACUUU